GCACGCUAAGUAGCAAGGCGUCGGCCACUGCGCGUUCCUGCGAGUGCGCUCUGGAUCCUUCGGCGUCUCCUGGCGGCCUUGAGGUCGCCACCCUGGCCGCUCUGGCCCGUCUGGCGUUGGGUGGGCGGCAUAGCUGCGCCCACAUGAACCAGCGGCAUUACGGUCGCAAUGGUCGCGGUCGGAGCCGAGACUUCGCUGGCCGUGCCCCACCGAAGAAGAAGGGCAGAAACCACGUCCCGGAAAGGUGGAGAGAUUAUCUCCCAGUUGGACAGCGGAUGCCUGGGACCCGUUUCAUUGCUUUCAAAGUUCCCUUGCAAAAGAAAUUUGAAGCAGAGCUUAUGCCAGAAGAGUACUUUUCUCCUUUGGAUCUUUUUAAUAAAAUUCAAGAACAAAAUGAAGAACUUGGUUUGAUAAUUGAUUUAACAUAUACUCACCGCUAUUAUAAAGCAGAGGAUUUGCCAGAAACUAUUUCUUACAUCAAAAUUCUUACAGUUGGCCAUCAGGUACCUGAUAAUGGCACUAUUCUUAAGUUCAAGUGUGCAGUUAAAGAGUUUUUAAAGAAAAACAAAGACAAUGACAAACUUAUUGGUGUCCACUGUACCCAUGGCUUAAACAGGACUGGCUAUCUCAUUUGCAGAUAUUUGAUUGAUGUAGAAGGCAUGAGGCCAGAUGAUGCAAUUGAAUUAUUCAAUAGCUGCCGGGGGCACUGCAUAGAAAGACAGAACUACAUUGAAAACCUGCAGAAUCGUCGUGUCAAAAAGAAGCGGAAUACUAGCACAUCUAAAUCAGGUGAUCUUGAAGACUCAGCACAUCUUACCGAAGAAGUCCACAGCACUAAGAAGCCUGUGAACCAAGGACCUCGGAACCAUUGGCCUGCUGGUUGUUCAACACCUUCCCGACAUUUUCACACCCAGUCCCAGUACUCCCAGCAAUUGUUCAGAAAACACAACCAGAGUGUUUACCAGAGAGGCCUUAUCCCUCUUCCUGGUCCGCCUGAAGACUACUAUUUACAGAGAAGAUUCUUCUGGAACGGGAAGCCAAAUGGUAGUCAAGCAACCCAGAAUAAGAAGUGGAUUUCCGGUAGUUACCAGAGGCAGUUCUACCCAGCCUACUGGGGGUGGACCCAGUGAGGCACACGUGGAUGGGCUGUUACAGGGGCCACCUGAAAUCAGAGCUGGACAGAGGACAGCUGGAUUACUUUUAAUAAAAUCAGGUCUAGGCAAUUAAAACAUUUUUAACAUUUUUUAACUUUUUAAAA